GAGCUGAGGCGGAUGGCUGUGUGGGUGGAGCGCCAGCUCAAACAUGUCGUUGCUGGUGCUGCGUUGAUCUUUGCUGCACAAGACACUGCCACAUUCACGCUCCCUCAUCCAUAUACACGCUCGUUGCUCGGCUGGCCCAUCGAAGGAUUCUUCUGCGCCUCCUUCCUCGACAUCUUACUCCACGCGUUUACCCCGGUUACGAUUUCGAUUAGAUAGUGAGACGCACUCUCUAUUUAUCCUCCCUCCUACCUCCUCCCGAGAGUUCUCGACGCACCUCCCUUGCGCCAACGCCGCUACAACGAGCCCGUCGGGCAUACGAGGGGGCCACCAUGAAGAUCAACACCAGCUACGUGCAAAAAUGCAAGACCGUUGCACAUGUCUUCCAGAUCAUCCUCAUCUUCAUCGCGGGAUGUAUAACCAUUGCGGUGUUCACAAAGGGAGGGCAGACGGGCGGUGCGACGAAAUACUACUUUGCCUUGUGUUUUUUGACCGCGCCAGCGUUAAUAUACCUCACGAUGGUGCCUUUGUAUAGUCGGACGAAACGAUUCGCCAAUGCGUAUGCUUUUGCUGCCAUCGAUGCGUUGUAUACAAUUCUUUGGCUUGCAGCCUUUGCUGCUGUGAUGGCGUGGAAUGCCCGAGGCGUAAACGAAGGCGCAAAGAGUUUGAAGCUCAGUGACGACGCCCCAAAGAACUGCACAAUCUUCAAGUAUGGCCCGGAAGCGAAAUGCAGUCUCAGUCGAGUGACUGUGGGCUUCGGCGUAGUCAUAUUUAUCUCUUUCAUUCUGACCUCCGCCAUCUCUGGCUACUAUGCCAACAAGUACCGCAAGGAAGGUGUCAUGCCGUAUAUCUCUGCCAAGCAAGACCCGCACCACAACAGCGGCGAUAAUUCCAAGGACAACGCGUGGUCCACCGAUAUCGAGCACCACGACGGCCGCGACUCGGACGAAGAGGACCGCCGCACCGAGCACGGAGGCAACCAGCAAGAAGACGAAUACGCCUUGCUACACUCGACCGAGACAGACGAGGGCCGGCACCCCGGACGCCCGCUCAGCUGGGGCGAGGACCACAGAGUCGGCGGGCCCUACGUGGCGCCUAUUCACAGCGAGGGACACGUGCAGAUGCCGUAUGCAGCGUACAACGACGACACGGCUAGCGCACUGAGUCCUGGCGGGUAUGAAGAGUACAGGAGGGACGCGGCUCCCGCAGCCAAGAGAGACAGUUCGUUCGGCGGCACCGGGUACAGUUUCAGCGGGAGGCAAUAGAGAGAGCGGCACAUAGCAUAGGCGACGGGUGUUGAUAUUAUUCCUUGUAUAUGGAGGUGCGGUACCAUCCUGAGCCUGCAUUUGGGCGUUUGGUACAAUGGAUUCUUGGAGCAUGUCUGAGCAUUUAGCGACCUUGGAAUGGAUGCUGCAUGCAGGUAUCUGCCACUGCUUUAGAGUUUUUUUGUGCGGAUAUGUGUUCGAAUAUGGUCGAGAACUAGGAGCGUAACAGUUCGGAUGUGAAUAUUGUGCG